AUGGACGAAGGAAAAGAAACGGUGGCACUUUGCUCCAGUGAUGUGAUUGAAGAAAAAAAGGGCAUUUGCAUGAACAAUGUUUCAGACUUAACUCUUCUGACUGAUGAAAAGUUUGAUUUUGACCUUUCACUCUCUCCAGCAAGUGGAGAUGAAGAUGAAGUUUUUGUUGGACCUUUGGGGCACAAAGAAAAAUGUAUUGCUGUCAAUAUUGAAACAAACAAAAGUGCUGAAAAAAAGAGUGCACCUGCUUCUGAUGAUAAACUGAUGUGGAGCCCACUUACAGGAGAGAAAUUUGUGGAAAUUUUCAAAGAAGCUCGUUUGUUAGCACUGCAAAUAGAGACUGGAAGCAAGAAUGAACAGACUAAAAUAAGCCAGUCAGAAGAACAGGAAAACAAGAUUAUAGAAAAAUUUGUGGACGACUCGAAGUCAAAAUUGAAAAUACUGAGAAACCAAAAUAAAGAGACAAGUCCCAAGGCUGUUAAAAGGGAGACAUACUGUGUGCAGGAUAGCCCAGCAUGUCAGCUGCCACCUUGUUUUCAGAAGGAGUCUGAUAACCUUUUGUCAGGUGAUCAAACAAUUGUUCUUAGUAAUACUCCUCCAAAUAUCAGCCCUGUUAAAAUCUGUGUAUCUCCUGCAACAAUUGCCAGUUCACCUCUGACACAAGAACUGAAAACUAAGGAAAGUAAUGUGAAGGCAAAUGGCAAACUGCCAGUGGUGAAACCUUCAUCUACUCUUGGAAAAAACCAUUUGUUGACUAUUGAAAAGCCCAAACCAGGAAAACACACUAGUAUUUCAACAAGAAGAGACUUGAACAGCAUAGGAUCAUGUGAAGAUCUAAUUUCUGAUAAGUACGCUUCUGCUUCAGAUGUCUUUGAGUCUUCGUUUGGUGGCAGUUCCUCAGCACAAAACAAAACAGCCCUCCCUGCACUAAGUAAGCCUGGCUUAAAGAAGAUAACACAUCUGAAACUUCCUGGUGUUGCCAGUGGUCUCACAAGAAAGACUACAUCAUCAGUUUCCAGCAUGAACUCAAGUCUGAAUUCAAGUCUACCCAUUUCUCCCAUAGGAAAAAAUGGAAAAUCCAGCAUGUCUUCAAAAGCCAAUGUGAGUGGUGCUAAGCUCUCAUCUAGCACAAACAGGCUGGCCCUUGUCAGACCUACCAGAGUGUCAACUCUGCAAGCUGCUGAUACUGAGAAAUCCAAGAAGCAAGCAAGAUCAGCUAGUACUCCCAAAACAUCUAGUGCUGUAAGCUUGGUUAAAUCUUCAGCUUCUGCAACAUCAGCUGAGGCUGUAGGCAGUGGAAUUCAGAGGCUGAGCUCUGUUCCCAAUCUGCAGAAGCUAUGCCAGCAGAAUAAAGAUGGAAGUGCAGCCAAAGGAAGUCUGUGUCCAAAGCCCAGGGCUAGAGUUCUGUCUGUUCCUACAAGUCAAACUAAGGUUCCAGUGAAGACUGGAGAUACACCAUCAAACAAAUCAGCACCAAAAGAGCCACUGUCUCUUGGAUUAACAUUUUGUGGCACACUUGGAAGUGCCAUGGCAGUCAGCACUCCUGUGAAAAUCUCAGAACAUGGGACCUUUCAGAAUUCCUGUUUUCCUGAGAGGUCUGUCUCCAUGACUCCCGCCAGUCUGAGGCGGUCUGGCUUACCUACACCCAUUCGUCGUAUCUCAGGAUUUCCAGCAGCGACUCCUAAAACUGCACCGAAAAUGGCAUUUUCUCCAUAUGCUGCAUCUGUUUGCCAAAGUUCCAGCCUUUCUAUGAAAAAGACUCUUAGAGCUGGUUCUAAACAGACAAAAGAGAGUAAGACACAGCUGUCUUCAGAAGAUGAUGUAUCUCCUCCACCUGUGCUACCUCUUGCACUUAACUUCUCUCCAGAAAAAACUGCUGCAGAAGUAGUAGUAAAUGAAUUAAAAGAUGAUGUACAAAAUCCACUGGCUGAAAAGAAACAAACUGAGGCUUUACUGGUAGACAUUGGAGUAGACAAAUCUCUCCCACACACUUUGGAAUGUGACAGUAGACCUCUGAUUGACCUUUCCAAUACUCCUGAAGUGAGUAAGAUCACCCCUCUAAAGCCUAUAUUGGCAGGGCAGGUAAAGCUAAUUGAUUUGAGUUCGCCUCUUAUCACUCUGAGUCCUGAUGUAAACAAAGAAAAUCUGGAUUCCCCUCUACUCAAGUUCUGA